UGUGAAUGAAGCCUUAAAGAAAGAUGACAGUGAAUGUGUGGGAGGGGCUUUUGUUGCUAGGGAAUAAAUGAAAAGGGUUGAUAGGUGGUUGUCUGUCUGACAUUAAGUGAGCACGGAUGGAUGUCCGGUCCAACAUUGGAGAUGUGCAGGCUGCAGCAGUGAACGAGUGUCAGGCAGGAGGACAGAUGAGCUGAGCGUGUACCUGCAGGCUGAGAGAGUGUGAGCGACUCAGAGGCAAGAUCCUCUGCAGAACACGCCCUUAUAGAAAAGGUAUACACACACACAGACACACAGACACACACACACACACACACACACACACACACACACACACACACACACACACACCGAGCCUGAUCAUUGAGGAGCCGAGCUGCUUACCUGGAAAACAAACAGCCCCAAUGCUCCCGCACAGGCUCACACCACCGGACAGCUACCAAAUGAAAAACCAGGACGAGUUGUUUUCCACAAACUUUGGUUUGGCUCGAGGAGUUUUAUUCCCGCGUGCAGCCCGGAACACCUGGACGGCUCGCGGGGCUCGGUAGAGAAAAAUCCCGGCUGGUUGUUGCAAACAGCAGAGAGCAUUGAUCCACCAUGAGUAGGAAGACACGGCGCUGGAUUUUCCAUUUUUUCCUCUGCCUGGGAAUUGUAUACUUGAAAAUCGGGGGUCUGUCGUCGGUGGUCGCGCUGGGAGCGAGCAUCAUCUGUAAUAAGAUCCCCGGCUUGGCUCCUCGUCAGCGGACUAUCUGUCAGAGCCGACCCGACGCGAUCAUAGUGAUCGGAGAGGGGGUUCAGAUGGGGAUCAAUGAGUGUCAGUUUCAGUUCAGACACGGCCGCUGGAACUGCUCGGCCCUGGGGGAGAGGACCGUGUUCGGGAAAGAGCUCAGAGUGGGCAGUAAGGAGGCCGCGUUCACCUACGCCAUCAUCGCCGCCGGGGUCGCCCAUGCGGUCACUGCGGCCUGUACGCAGGGAAGCCUCAGCGGCUGCGGCUGCGACAAGGAGAAACAGGGUUUCUACAACCAGGAGGAAGGCUGGAAGUGGGGCGGCUGCUCUGCGGACGUCCACUACGGCCUGGGGUUCUCCAAAGUGUUUGUGGAUGCACGGGAGAUCAAGCAGAAUGCCAGGACGCUCAUGAACUUACACAACAAUGAAGUGGGACGCAAGGUUCUGGAGAAGGGCAUGCGUCUGGAGUGCAAGUGUCACGGUGUGUCAGGAUCGUGCACCACCAAGACGUGCUGGACUACCCUCCCCAAGUUCCGUCAGCUGGGAUUCAUGCUCAAGGACAAGUACAACCACGCCGUGCAUGUGGAGCCUGUGAGAGCCAGCCGCAACAAGCGCCCCACCUUCCUGAAGAUCAAGAAACCCCAUUCCUACCGCAAGCCCAUGGACAACGAGCUGGUCUACAUCGAGAGGUCGCCCAACUACUGCGAGGCCGACCCUCUGACCGGCAGCAUGGGGACACAGGGUCGACUGUGCAACAAGACGGCUCUGCAGCCCAACAGCUGUGACCUGAUGUGCUGCGGUCGAGGAUAUAACACACAUCAGUACUCCCGCGUUUGGCAGUGCAACUGCAAGUUCCUGUGGUGCUGCUACGUCAAAUGCAACACCUGCAGUGAGAGGACAGAGGUGUAUACCUGUAAAUAGAAAUAUUUAUUGGACGUGACUUCGGACGCACUUUUACACUGGACUUAGUGCGUGUGUUGUUCUUGUACUUCAGAGUUCGCUGUGGCCGAUGCACACACGUGGAGUGAUUGCCUCGCUCUAUUGGCACAAAAAAAAAAGAACUUUGUCAGGCUCUGCUUCCAACAUGUGUUGAUUAUAGUGAUGCCAAUGGACAUCCGCCGUGACACUGGACUUUAAACCUUUGGGCUCGCGUCCUUUUUGAAAUCCAAAAGACACUUCGUGCGACAGCCCUGACUUCUCCGCUGGCCUGCUGCUCUUUUGGCGUGACUCUCCUUGAACGAUUUUUGUUUUUCUAGAACUAAUAAUUUAUUCAAUGAGAAAACUACUGAUUCUUCUAAAACAUCACUGACGACAUAAUCCGGUGACGUUUUGUACGUUGGGUAAGAUUGCCGUUUGUGUCAAAUAUCGUAUGCGCACUUAAAAGGAAAACUAGUUUUUCUCUUACAACACUGGAGCUAUAAACUGAAAUGGUCUGAAACUAACUCAGCUGAAUGACACUGCAGCUUUUGUGAAUUAAGCCAAGCAAAAAAAAAAGAAAAA